AUGAAACGAACAGAACGUAGCUGGAUGUAUGAAAGGAAGGCCGGGCCAUAUGUUAAUCCAGAGUUCGUGAAAGGGGUUGAUAAAUUCAUGCAAUAUGUCAAAGAUAAUCCUAAAAGUAGUAACCCGAAUGAAGUUAGGUGUCCAUGUGCCAAAUGUAAGAACAAACGACUUUGGGACCUAGAUACGGUUAAACUUCAUUUGUUUCAGGCGGGUUUUGUACCUAAUUACUAUGAGUGGAUGUGUCACAGGGAAGGGUUUCCGACAGUUCCUGUAAGUGGGUCCAACGAAUAUCGUGAAAUGGUUUUCAAUGCGUUUGGUCAAAGUCAGGAUCAUGGGCAUUCCGAGCAGGCUAGUGUUUCAUUAGAGGAGGAGCCUAAUGCCCAAGCUAAGCAUUUUCUGGAUUUGUUGAAGGCUUUUGAAAGGCCAUUAUACGAAGGUAGUUCGUUGUCUGUGUUGGAGAUGGCCGCUAGAAUCACAAGUCUAAAGUGCGAGUAUAAUCUUCCGCACAGAUGUGUCGAUGGGUUUGUUUCACUUCUCAGUGAAGCAAUUCCUAACAACAAUAAAAUGGUCGACACAUUCUAUGAGGUGAAAAAGAUUGUGAAGGGCUUGGAAAUGCCUCAUGAAAGGAUUCACGCUUGUCCGAAGGGAUGUAUGUUGUUUUGGAAGGAUGAUGCCCAGCUGUCUACAUGUAGGGCGUGUGGCAGCGAUCGAUACAAGCAGACUUUCAAGGGUAGCCUAGUGCCUUUGAACGUUUUAUUUUAUUUCCCGAUCACACCCAAGUUGCAAAGGUUGUUUACAACCAAGACUAUUUCGAAGGAAAUGACUUGGCAUUCGAAAAAUCCUCGAGUGCAAGGCACUAUGGCACACCCUACUAAUAGUGAAGCUUGGAAACACCUGGACAACUGCUUUCCAGAGUUUGCCUCCGAGCCUCGUAAUGUUCGGCUUGUGUGUAUGAAAAGACAAUUUAUGUUCCUUUCGUUGCUCGUUCCUGGUCCUAAAAAACCUAAGGGCAACUUGGAUGUGUACAUGCAACCGUUGAUUGAGGAGUUGAAACAGUUGUGGGAAGUUGGUGCACAUACGUACGAUAUUUCCAUGAAACAGAAUUUCAAUCUUCGAGCAGCCAUCCUAUGGACCGUUAGUGACUUCCCGGCUUACGGUAUAUUGUCCGGUUGGGCCACAUCUGGUAAGAAAGCUUGUCCAUAUUGCAUGGACAAAAGCAAAGCAUUUUGGCUAGAAAAUGGUUGUAAGGUGUCUUGGUUUGAUUGCUACCGCCAGUUCCUUUCGACGAAUCACCCUUUUCGGAAUAGUAGAAUUGCGUUCUGCAGAAACAAAGUCGAAAAGGGUGCCCCUCCACACAUUAUGUCAGGAGAGGAGCUGUGGGAAUGUGUGAAAGACCUUCCGAAGGCUACAGAUGGGCCCAAGUCACUUCAACGCCUCAAAAAGAAAAGAAGGGGUUGUUCAAGCAAAGCAUACUGUGGGAGCUUCCAUAUUUGA